AUGGGACACGGAUGUCUUUCAAAAGGAUCAGUGAAAAUCCAAGAAAUGGGAUUUCGUGCUACCUCCCUCAAUAGCUCCAACCCAGGAAAUAAUGCAGAGUUAAUCCGCCGCAAGAAAUCCCAGCUAUUUUUAACCGACGAUUCCGAAUCCACCUUUGUGGAGCUUUCCACUCCUCGGACUGGAAGACUAAUCAGAUGAAAAAGAGGAGAAAUCAUAGGCGAAGGUGCCUAUGCCAAAGUAUACCAGUGCAUGAAUAUCGAAACUGGCGAACUUUUGGCUGUAAAACACUUCCAAGUAACCUUUAUUUAGCUUACAGACGACCCAACAAAAAUACAAAAGGACUUUACCCUUAUGAAAAAAGAGGUUUCUUUAUUAAAACAACUAGAUCAUCCUAAUAUAGUUCAAUAUUACCAAACUGAUUUAUCGCCAGAAAUGAAUUCACUGGAUGUGGUGAUUGAGUAUGUCCCUGGUGGGACUUUGAGACAUUUAAUUCAAAAAUAUGGAAUUCUUGAAGAUGGAAUUAUUUUUUUGGUAUUUUUGCAAAUUUUUAUAAUAUUAAUGUUUUGAGCUAAUUUAACUUAUUAAUAUAAACCCUUUUUACAAAUUUUAAAUUUAUUUUCAUGAAAUUUUUAAAGGUAAAAUAAUGAUAAAUAUAAUGCACCUUUGAAGAUAAUGUUAUUAAAACAUUUGCCAGGCAGCUACUCAAAGGCCUAGCUUAUCUUCAUGAAAAUAAUGUUAUACAUAGAGACUUAAAAUCAGCAAAUAUUUUAAUAUCGACAAAUGGGAAGUUAAAAUUGACUGAUUUUGGAUCUUCAAGAAAGUUUGAACAUUCUGACUUAGAGCUAACCAAAAGCUUAAGGGGGAGCCCUUAUUGAAUGGCUCCAGAAGUGGUUUUAAGGCGAGGGCAUAGCUAUUCUGCCGAUAUCUGAUCCCUAGGGUGUGUUUUAAUAGAAAUGGCAUCAGGAAGACCACCAUGGUCAAAUUACUCAAAAGAUGCCAGAGAAGUUUUAAAGCUGAUCGCGACUAAUGAGAUGCUCCCAGACUUCCCAAAAUGCGAAAAUCAGCUAAAAAAUAUCAUAAAGCAGUGUAUACAAAGAGAUCCUAUGAGAAGGCCAUCAGCCAAAGAUUUAUUGAAAUUAAGCUAUUUUCAUGAAAAGAAUCCCGAGUCUAUCCCCGAGCAUUCACAUAUACAUAGAGAUAUAAGUAUUCAUAUAAUAGAAGAACAAGCUGAAGAAUAA